UCCUGUCCUGUCUAUACUGUUUCGCUCCUACGCACAAACUCAGUCCUGUCAGCUUUAGCUGAGCACUUGGAAACCAGACAUAGGCUCACAUCUCAUCGUGGCUCCAGUGGCUUGGGUCUGAAAGGAGUCAAGAGGAAAGGAUCCGGAAAUCAGCUAACUAGAGAAAGAUACUGAUUUUUAUUUGAGAUCAACUGCUUUUCUUUCUUUUCCUGUUCCAGCUUUUGCAGAGCGCACCUUCCAAGCUUUCAAUCUGAAUCUGCGCUACUCAACUUUGAAACUGUCCGCAGACACCUGUUAAGGGAAUUGCGGAUCCUGGGCAGCAAGGAUCUGAACUUGGCUGGAGCGCAGCGACCACCCAGUUAUAGGAACGCCAGCGCCUUGCUUUCAAGCCAUGGGCGAGCGUGCGGAGGAUUUGUCCUCGGUGCAAUCGAACUGCGCUUUUCCCCGGUUGUGCACCGGCACAGCUCUCAACUUUUGCUCCUACACGCGAAAAUAGGAAGCAACCCCUAUUAGGGAGUCGUGGGAUUUUCUCAGCUCCGCAAGGGUGCGAAGACUGUCUCUCCCGCUCGCCUCCCUCCUGCCCGCUGUCUCUGCUCGCCCUCCGCGCAGGGGACCACAGCUCCCUGGGCUGCAGCUGAGUGUCUCCGCCACGCCUUUGCCUUUGCUUUUUCCCUGCGAAUUUGGUGAGUCCGGGCUCCAGACCAGUUUACGUCCUCUUGGAGCCAUCUCUAGCGGAAUUGGGGGCGGAGAGUAAAAGGAGGGGUUCGUGGAAGUGAAAGAAGGUAGGCGUGGUGCAAACGCCCAGAUGAUCAAACUUGGGGGUGUUCAGGGGAGUAAGAGUGGCAGCUGCAGGUAAUAGUAGGACCUGCGAUGGGGCGCCUCGCUGAGUAAGGUUGGCAGCUGCGUUGCGCGGUCUCCCUAGACCAGGACGCAUCCAAGAAAAAGCGAACCUCGCCCCCAGUUCCCUGGCCACGGAAACUUCCUAUCCAGCUCGCUCCGCUGCAGGGCGAUCUCUCCUCAGCCUCCGAACCUGUUUCUUUUUCUUCAAGGGAGCGGUUCGUCUCUCCCGCCCCCAAUCCUACCUCCACCCCCUCCCCCCGCCGCCCCAUCCUCUACGCCCACCCGAGACUGUGCAGCGCAGUGCGGUGCCCAAGCGCCCACGGCGGAGACAGCAGCCAGGCUUCAGGGAGCUCCAGCUACUCCCGCUGCUCGCCCGCGCAGUCCACUGCCCAGGACCGUCGGAGCAAACACAACUGGGUCAGCUUUGGGGGCCUCCCAGGGUCCUCUCCGGAUAAUCAUCGGACUGACUGGCUGCGCACUUCUUGUUUUACAGUCUCAGCAGAAACGCGAGGGCCAGAUCUAGUUGCAGGCCAAGCGCAACAGUGCUAAAAAUGGGACCAGUGGGUGCCGAGUCUGAUGAGAAUCAGACAGUGGAAGAAACCAAGGUGGAGCAGUAUGGGGCAGGGCACACCACUCCGAGAGGUGAGCUGGCCCCUGACCCUGAGCCAGAGCUCAUAGACAGCACCAAGCUGGUUGAGGUACGUGUUGUCCUCAUACUGGCCUACUGCUCCAUCAUCUUGCUUGGGGUAGUUGGCAACUCUUUGGUGAUCCACGUGGUGAUCAAAUUCAAGAGCAUGCGUACAGUAACCAAUUUUUUUAUUGCCAACCUGGCCGUGGCGGAUCUUUUGGUGAACACCUUGUGCCUACCAUUCACUCUUACCUAUACCUUAAUGGGGGAGUGGAAAAUGGGUCCUGUCCUGUGCCACCUGGUGCCAUAUGCCCAGGGCCUGGCAGUUCAAGUGUCCACCAUCACCUUGACUGUAAUUGCCCUUGACAGACAUCGGUGCAUCGUUUACCACCUAGAGAGCAAGAUCUCCAAGCAAAUCAGCUUCCUGAUUAUUGGCUUGGCUUGGGGCAUCAGUGCCCUCCUGGCAAGUCCUCUGGCCAUCUUCCGGGAGUACUCACUGAUUGAAAUUAUUCCAGACUUUGAGAUUGUGGCCUGUACUGAGAAAUGGCCUGGUGAAGAGAAGAGCAUGUAUGGCACUAUCUAUAGUCUUUCCACUUUGUUGAUUCUGUAUGUUUUGCCUCUGGGCAUCAUAUCUUUUUCCUAUACUCGUAUUUGGAGUAAACUCAAGAACCAUGUCAGCCCUGGAGCUGCAAAUGACCACUACCACCAGCGAAGGCAGAAAACCACCAAGAUGCUCGUGUGUGUGGUGGUGGUGUUUGCUGUCAGCUGGCUGCCCCUCCACGCCUUCCAACUUGCUGUUGACAUCGACCACCAUGUGCUGGACCUGAAGGAGUACAAACUCAUCUUCACGGUCUUCCACAUCAUCGCCAUGUGCUCCACCUUUGCCAACCCUCUUCUCUAUGGCUGGAUGAACAGCAACUACAGGAAGGCUUUCCUCUCAGCCUUCCGCUGUGAGCAGAGGUUGGAUGCCAUUCACUCAGAGGUGUCUGUGACACUCAAAUCUAAAAAGAACCUGGAAGUCAAAAAGCACAAUGGCCCCAGUGACUCUUUAUCUGAGGCUACCAAUGUCUAAGGAAACAGGUGUGAAGACUUAGGGAUGAAUUCUGACCAGAGCUAUCAACCUGAUUAAGGAAGGCUCACAGGUAUGUCCUAGUCUCCCAUUUUAAGGACAGAAAAGCAUCUUAAUGGAAGUAUUAGCCGCAUAAUUCCUGAAAAACUGAUAGGGAGAGCCUUGGUGAAUUUACUCGUAUUCAAAGGUAGGAACAACAAAAUGGUUUCAUUACCGCUGCUCAGAGGGUAGAUUGAAUAGAGUCAAAACAGGGAGAAAUGCUUUUGACUCAUCUCCCAGAUAGAAGGCAAAGUGAACAAGAAAUUGACAUUAUCAGCAUUGCUAAAAGGUGGGAGUAAAAUAAGUGAACUUUCAAGUCACAUCAGGACAAGCACUAGGGGUUCUGUUCUGUGUCCUCCCUGCUUCCUCCUCAUCUGAUGAAAAGUUUCUGAACACGAAUUUCUCUAGGGAGCCAUAGAUGCUCCUUUAUGGUGUUUGGUUUUAUUGUCCUUCUCAUAUGUGAAAUCCAGAAGAGAAUGCUAUAGGAAAAUGUUGCUAACUGAAUGACUUCAAGAUGGUUUCAAGGGCAUAAACUGAAAUUUGCUAGACAAUUAAUAUGUUAAGGAAAAUUCUUAGUACUCAGUGAGCAAUUGCUCAUACAAGCAAAUGCACUUUUUGUGAAUUAUUUUUCAACUCAGAAUCAAAGGCUGAUAUUCUCAGAAUUAUAAAAAAUAUGAACCAUUAUUGAAUUUCUCAUAUCAAGUUUUUCCUGCUUUUGUAUAGAUACUAUUACAUAAUCAGUAAAUAGCUUAAUUCUUUUAAUUAUUGCUAAUUGUUGUAACUUUCGGAACCUGUAUGAUCUCUGUGAUGAUUCCUGUGUUGGAACAAAUUUGCACUAAAAUUAAAUCAGAUUAGAAUAUAAUUUUUACAACAUUUUGCAACAUAUGACUAUUUGUAAGCAACUUUUGCAGAGGCACAUACAUGUUUACAGAACACUGAAGUAUUAUUUUCUUUGGAAUUCAUUUUCCAUGGACCCAUUCAUGAUUAAAAUAUAUAUAACUUCGAUAAAAUUGACUCAUCUGGUAAGAAAAACUAAAAGCACUUGAUUCAUUACACCUUGCAAAUGUUUUGUUUCCACCAAUUUCUUUCUUUUUUUCCUCAAAAUAACUAUAUAUUUAUUGGAUAUAUGAAUAUAUACAUAAUAAAAUGUACCAAUAAAUAAUGGAACAUAGAUCCUAAGUUUUUACUUAAUGAUUUUAUUAAUAUAAUUUUUAUUUUAAAGUACCUAACCAAAGAUAAUUAAAACACUCUAUGUUCAUAAAAAAAGAAGACAGAUUUUAAAAAUAGUCGCACUUCUCUGGAUGCUGUUAAAGAAGUUUCAUUGUAGUUAUAUUUUUGUAAAUAUGAUGGAAUUUGUGAGCAUAUUCCUUACAUUUCAGACAAAUUCAACAUGAGUAUUCAGUUGUAACACUAAUUUUAUGAGCUGGAGAGUUUCAUUUUAUGAAUAUACUUAAAAUUUAUACUACGAAUCUUAUUAAAUUCCUUCUAUGCUGGAAAUAAAAGAUUGGUCCUGAAAUGAACUAUACUUUUGGAAUACUGAAAAAGAAUUAAAUCAGUAGAAGUAAGACUAGAUCAAAGAUUAAGAAAUUAACAAAAAUAAUAUAUAUCUGUAUUAUAUCAUAUAAUUGAAUAACUCAUUUUUUCUGUUGGAUUUAGCAAAACUAUCUAAGGAGAAGCUUUUUGUCUUUUUCAUAGCUGUUACAUUGCUUAAGAUGUUAAUAGAAGAUUGUAGUUAAGGAUUUUAUUUCCCUUGGAGAGUUCUUACACUGAAAGAAAUUUAUAUGCUUUGAUGAGUAAACUGUUAGAAUUCAGUUAAUGAACUGAUUAACAUAUGUCUGAUUCAAUUAACUAUGUCAAUUCAUUAAUAAAAUAUCUUUUAUGUA